GUCCAAUACAAUAUUAUUCAGCAUAAAGCGAUCCGUUGGAGCAAAGCACACCAUGCAACGUUUCAUGCAACGAGGCUUCUCCUCCAAAUCCACUGAGAAACGAUCAAAGAAGGGUCGCAAGUCGGAGAAAAAAUUACAUGCUCUGGGAGCGCUUGUUCCGUCAGUUCCGCUCAGUAAAAUAUCGACUGAUGACGACAAAAACAAAUCUAAUGACGUCAAAAGUGAAAGAGAAAUCGUUGACAACCAACUAUACGAAUCGGUAGUAUUCCAGAAUUCAGAAAACACGUCACAAAAAGGCAAAUACGUCAGUCUGAUGACGCAAAUAUAUGACGAAGUAGCACCGGAUCAGUUUUAUGAUUCCCAAAAUACCGUCAAACCUGACUAUUUAUCAUCACGUGACCAAAAUGGCGGGAAUUAUAGUCAUUUGAAUAUUCUGCGCGGGAACGAAACAAUGCCCGGUUAUGACGCAUUACAAAGGGAAUCAGGAUUAGUUAACGAAGCAAUCUAUGACCACGCUGAUGAUGUCAUAUUAAAAAAUAGUGGAAAUAAUCGUAUACCAGACGUCCCUGAUUACGAAACAAUUACAUUAUCACGUACACAAAGCGCUUAUGAUGACGUAGCACUUCCUAGUGACACAACAAACGAAUUUUCCAACGAAAGUAAAGUAAGAGCAUUUACUUAUGGAGCACCGGGAGACAACACGCCCUUUCAAAUUCCGCGAGGAUCAAUGGCCCCUCGAGUCAGACCAACGAUUCGAAAGAAGCAAUUACAGAAAACAGAAGCGAAGGAGUAUUCCAGAAAUGAUAGAAUUUCACAAAUCGCCACACAAAGCCCGCCUAUGCAUGAAGUAGAAAGCGCUGUUCGCAAGUUUGAAAUCGGCAAUAACGAAGGUGAAAAAUCUAGCAAAACCAGCAUAUCUUUGGCGUCGAAGAUCGCGAGCAUCGAAUCUAGAAGUAGUCAAUUUAGUAGCGGUCCAUCGUCACCAAAUCAAAGUCCGCGUACUUUGCGCCCGGGAAGCCAAUUCCCGAAGUUCAAGAUUCAUUCGUUACCAUCAAGUCCAAACAUCUCCGAAAACAGGAAAAGUCCUUAUAACGCGAGAAAGCCCACGAAUAUGAAACUGUCGCCCGUUCCUUCACAGAGCCCAGAAGGAUCUGAGCUUAUAAACAGCCCGCUUUUUAAGACUAUGCAAAAGAGAUUGGAGUCUUACAGCUAAGGGCGAAGGCAUUUUCCAGAACAAUAUUUUAUCGCUGUAACGAUUUCAUAACAAUAUAUAUAUAGGUGGCUAUAUGGGUCCGUCCAGUGAAGGCCACAGGCGAUGAGAAUAGUUAAGAGCGAGGCCUCGAUUGUUUUAUAUUGAUAAAAUGUGGUACCAGGCUCAGUAUACUCACUAAGCCGACCAAAGGAGUAGAGGAAAACUUAAACAAGACGCGAGUUUCAAUAAACAACUCCAGUGUCUUGUUAAAACAAUUUUGACUCCAACUUCGACUCCGAGAAGCGAAAUCUUUAACAAUUCGAAGCCUUCCUCAAUUGUCUGUUGUGAAUGAUCGCCAACGCACCUCUGAUCACCCCUGUGGGGAUAGUUAUGUGCGGGAGGAUUGCUGGACUCCUCGCCGACGUAGGGUGGUUUACGUAACCGCUGGUUGGUUACGGCUUUCUCCACCACCAAGUCCAUGCUUCCGAAAACAAAUAACUAACUAAUCCCAUACUCGACAUGAAAUAAUAACCGGACGACAGGCCAUGGUUCGUCAUAUGAUUAAGCCGCUUUAUCGGUUUUCUUCUCCCUCGGGAUAAAUAUGUAAAUCCUAUCCUAUGUCGCCGUUUUCAGACCGACAAAUCUUCAAAUGACACUCUGAGCGCCGCGAAAUAGACUUUUACAUUAACUGUAACUAUCCUAUACCGGACAUAGACUGGUAACUGAAUGAGAGGUCGUGAUUUGCCAUGUCAUUGAAGUUGUCACAUCGGUAUUUUCGUCCCUCGGGGUGAAAAUUUCGAGUUCCACGAAGGCUUCCGUGAGAAAAUCUGUCACACAUCUAUCUACUGCAGGUCAAUCUCAUAAUUUUUUAAACGUUUGUGUCCGACAAGUAAGACAGUGUUAUAACGCAAUAUAAAAACACUGUGUUUUAUGCUUUGAAACUAUAUUUUAUCUCAAUUUAUUUGAAAUGUUCAAAUAUGUAACCAAGACAACACUGCUUUUGUGCGUUUUAUAUCUGGGAGCACUGUUUCUGUGAUUUUAUUCCUGGGAACACUAUUCUGUAGUUUUAUCUUUGAGAACAUUGUUUUUGUAGGUAUUUCCUUAGGAACACUGUUUCUGUAUUCUUCCCCUCGGGAACACUGUUCAUGUCAUUUAAUCUAUGGGAACACGGUAUCUGUAGUUUUAUCUUUGGGGACACUAUUUAUGUAGUUAUAUCUUUGGGAACACUGUUUUAUUGAUACAUGAAACGCUUGCUAAACAGAAAAAUUUUUACGAAAUAAUAUUGUUUUAUUCUGAAAAAAAUUGAAAACAGGCUAUUUCUAUGUCUCGAGAUAGUAACCUAUUCCAGAAAUACAAAAGAACACCAAGGGCAAGCAGGGGCGGAUUAAGCCCCUUUGGUGCCCCAAGCACUGACGACUUUGGUGCCCCCUCAUGUGUA